AUGCUUCCACGAUGCCGAGAAGAAACAUUGGAGGCUUUCUGCGGGAGAAAUUCUACAAAAGGUGGGUGGUAACUAGUAUUGACGAGGAGAAGAAAAGCAUCAAUUUUACUAUAUCUUAGAAAAGUAUAAAUAAAAUGCAGCUGUGUAAAACAGCGUACGAAGAGGAUAGAAUAUUACAACGAGUAUUAGAAACAGAAAAAUCAUAAUAAUGAGUUUUAUGACAGUUCUUCCGCGAGUUGGUUCUUUAUACUUAGUCGAAUACAAUAAUGCUAACUUUUCUUUUUUUUGGAGGCCCCCCACAAUUUUAUUUCCUCCGUCGCGAUGAACAAUCGGUUUGAUUUUGAAGAGAUUCGUACAUGCAGUCUUGGAAAUUGAAUAACAACAAAACGUUUUAUUUCUUAGAACGCUCAUCAAACCUUCCUAUUAACAUAAAAAGGGACGUACUUGCAAGCUGGAGCGAACGAGAAAGAGAUGUUUUUACUCGACGGUACUAUCAUGAUUUGCUACGCUAACUCCUAGUUGUAGUAAUUAGCACACAUUUAGGCUAUGCGUGUAUCAAUCUGCAUACCAAAUAAGUAUUUAUGUUGAAAUGUUAAAACGACGAUUAAAAAUUGUGAGUUGAAGCACUGAUCACAUGUUGACUUGCUCGAUCUUGUUUGCCUUAGUGUACACACUGUUUUUUAACAUUUGAUCAAGAUUUGAAUAAAAUCAGGCCUAUAUUCCCUUGCCUCUCUGGGAUUCAUUUAAUUUAUUUAUUCAUUCAAUUAUCAGCACUAAAGAACUGUGCAAUUAAUGCCGUGAUUAUAGUCCAGUUUAAGGUUGAAACAAAUCUUCUCACUGUAGAGUGUAAAGAAGAAAGUUUGACUUUGGAUUGUAAAUUGAAGGAUCGCAAGUAUGUCCGAUAAACAUUCCAAACAAAGUAUUGAUGAUGACUUUUCAAUUCCACAGAUUCAUCAAGUUCGGGAAAGAUUUCACCCAAAUUGCUGAUUCUUUGCCAGGCAAGGUGAGACGUCUGGGUCAUUACAGUAAAGAGAUUAAGGGACUGUUUACAUGGAGGUGGGGUACCCCAGAUAGGUCAGGUAACCCGCUUAGGUGGGGCAACCCGCCUGUCCAUAUAAUCUCUCAUUUUAAUGUGAUCACGUUUGCAUGUUAGGUGGGGUAACCCACUACAUGUUACCUCACCAACCUGGGGUCCGCCACCUUCAUGUAAACAGGCCCUUAUAAGAUAAAGGAUUACUACAGUUUGGCAAAGGAACAAACAAAUUCAAUCUUUACAAAGACAAGACCCACUUGAUGCAACGCCAUUCCUGAUACCAAAAUUUAUUAAAUCAAUCAGUGAGCUGUUAGUAUUCUCAUGACAAUCCUUCGCACUUUGCAGACAGUGGCUCAGUGCAUUCAUUAUUACUACCUCACCAAGCAUCAAAUCCUUUACAAACAGGUAAGAAUAUCGAAGUAGACUUGAUCAGUGAAACAAAAUACAUCUAAUCACUUGACGCUGCUCUAGUUUAAACAGGAAAGGUGGCAAAACUAAAGCGCUGGAAGGAAAUUUGGGACUUGCCCGCAACUAUACGCAUAUAUAUUGUCUCACCGGACGAACGCGCUGGUAAUUAAAGAGAGCAAAAUGAAAGGGUACUUAAGUUAUUCAGUUCCACGCAUUGCGGACCUACCAAGCCCCUCCGAUUUGGCAACAACGAGUUAAACUUUUCCACUGGUAGAACGUCUUUAGGUACUACCUGAUCGAAUUUUAAAAUUAUUCGGUAUAAGCUCCACGUAAGAAUUUUGUUUUCGUUCCAAGUCGGUAAACCAAAUUAUUUAUCUGAAAUGACCCAUCCCCUCCCCCAGAAUAGUCAGCUCCACUCCACCCUCCUUUGGCAAUGAGUCACGCAUUUCUCGUCUUUGGUAGGAGACGACUUGCUACUUAAAACUAGAAGAAGCUUUGCCACAGGCAGCCCAAUAAUUAUUUUAAAUAGCCGUGAGUAAAAAUAACCAAGAUUACAGCAGCUUUUCUUUCCUUUCAUUUCAGUUACGAAAAAUGGCAAUUGAUGCGGAAUGUGAAACUCCUAUUGUUAAAGCCCGCGGUAUCGAGAAAGGAAAGAAAAAAGCUUUGGAUUGUUCUAGAAACGCUGAAAUUGAUAGGAACAAUGUAGGAGAUGUUUUGUGUUUUGAUAAAACAAGCUCCACAAUAGAUCCUGAACCAGGGGAUAGAACCAAAAAAAUCGGAGAGUUCUCAUUUGAGAGACUGGGGGAAAACGCUACAGAGGUCUUGAAAUCCAGUUUUAAACUGACGCCGAGAGACAUAUGCGGUGAGCAAAGAAAAAUCAAGAAAUCGAAAUUCUUAACAAAACUUUUGGCAAAUACUACGGCUCCACUAGGUGAGCUUUGCCGUAGAUACAGCUUAAAUAAAAGACAAGAAAACGGCAACGAAAUGACUUUUUUUGGAAGGGAGCCUGGUUAUUCCAUGAACAAAAAUCAUGAGGAUGAGCAAACAAUAGAGAAUCGUCAAAAUCACGAAAAUACAUACGGCAUGAUGCAGUAUCAUUGUUAUGGCGAGGGGACCGACGAUGAAAACUAUACAUCGAUAUCUUGCAGUGAUAAAAAACAGCGUUCAUCAAUAAACACGGCUGACGAGACUCUGGUUAUGACAGACUGGGUAGAGGCCAGUUCAUCUUACGAUGUCUUGUGUAACAAGGAAAAGGAGGCAAAGAACUUAGGAAUACUUUCCGGCAGUAAGGGAAUGUUGAAGAAGACACAGAAACACAAAGGCGGCGUAGAAGAGUGUCUUAGUGUUGAGAAUAAACCUCUGAAAGAGAUGUGCAAAACGAAACCUGAUAAAGGUCUCAAGGCGAACAUCUGUAUGGACAACACAAGAAAAGAAGCAAGAAUGAAUAGAAACAACAAUUUACAAGGCCUAAAAAAAGAAGCGAACGAAGCAAAGACGAAUCACUGUUCUAAUAACAAACUAAGUUUUCCUUACAGUCAAAAGAAAAGAAAGAUUGAAAACCUCAAAGAGAAAAGCUAUUUUUGUAAUGAAGGAAAGGUCAAGAGAUUCAAACCGAAAUUCGGCGGAGAUGACACUAGGAACAUUUCUUUAAAGAAACAAAGAUGUGAACUUGAAAAUACAGAUGUAGCUCAUUCAUCAGAGGCGUGCUCAGAUUCUGCUUUCCUACUGGUCAACAGCGAGCAUAAACUUAUGAUGACCGCUGACCAAACAAAAACGGGGCCUUGGAAUGCUUAUGUUCCUAUGACGCAGACUCAAAGUAAAGGGAAGGGCUCCAAAGGCUGUACCAGAAGUAAUUACAUGAACAUCUUUAACAAUAAAGCACGCUUAAAUCAGGGAUGGAAUGAGACUUCUGAACAACAACACCAAAGGAAUUUUGAACUCACAGAAGAAGAAACCGCUCAUUUACAGCCUCAGAGUAACGUUUUGCAAAGGGCUGUCACCUCUUGCGAUAACAAGAAGAUAAACGGACCACUCAAAGAAAAGCUAUCAUUAGAGAACAAAAACAACCGUAGCUGCGCUAAACAAUCAAAAAACAUGAAAAAUCAAGGUUCUUGCGCUCCAAGUAAGACUUACAACAGAACGCCUGAUAAAGAGACCCAAAAUAGAGUAAAGACACAACCCACCACUCGUCAUGCAAACAUAGUUAGUGCUGGCACACAAACGUUCGAUUUAGCUUCUGUUUUAUAUGAUAUUAAAUCAGCAGAAUGCAAAGCGCAGACCAGUGAGCACGCUAAGCCUUACGCCGGCGAUAAUAGAAUGACAUGUGUUAAGUCAAAACGAUCAAAAGAGCGGGCAACGCAUAAGCUUGCAAGGGCUGGGGAAACAUCUCACGGUCAUUUAGCCCACCAGUUACGUAAGGAUUGUACAGUUUCCAUAGAAACCCAACCUUUUGCUCAUAGAAAUACAAAUCAAAGCCAAGUUAAAGUCGUGCUGAAUCAGCCUACCACCUCAAAGGAUCUAAACUACUUACACAACCACGACAGUUCAAAUCCAAACUACAGUGGAAACACGGAUUUUCGGGGAAAUUGUGUAAAGGAAAACAGGUUGGAAGCCCCCCAAAAAAGCUUCAUUGACACAAUUAUGGAAGCAGCAAAAUCGGCAGCAAAACCUUCGAUAAAAGUCAACCAAGGACAAACUAGUACUAAAGAUAAUGUUGUCAAAGGAACUAAGCGAAAAUUGUCAUGCGAAUAUUUGAUGAGAAGGCAGUUAAAAAAGGAUUCAUAAAUAAUCCUAACAACGAUAAUCGGCAGGUUCAGGAGGUUUCUAAGGGGAAAAUACCAGCAAAUAACAAAUUCCUGGCAGAAAAUUCUGGUCCAAUUGACAAAUACCAGAAUAUUAUGGCGGAAAAAGUGGACUACAGGUGUUACGGAUCAACAAGGAGCAGUGAGGAACAUCACUGGUUGGUUGAAAACUUUUCGAGCAGGAAAAUGUCUUCCUAGUCACAGUUGCAAAAAUUAUGACCACGAAACACUGCUGUUGGAAUAAAGGUGCUGUUCUUGAAUUUUCUUUUGAGUCAUAAUUCGAGUUCAAAUUCCAAUCAAAAAUUAUUUGCUCUGGCUCAUCUACGAACUUACGCGUUGAAAGCAUACCACCAGGUGACAGUCAGUUUACAAAAGGGGAGAAAUGAUGAUCUCUCCAUGUCUCAGCAGCGGGGCUACCAGUAACAAGAACCUUCCUCCCUCCCCCCCCCCUCUGUCCAUUGUCCACUAUGCUCAUGCGCAAGCUCGCAACUUGUGCGACUUUCACUAAAGAGGAUCUUAAUGAAUUUGUCGAUUUUGCGCACGUUUGGCCAUAUUAUAAGUCAGUUAUUGGCAACGCGCGCCUUUCCACCAAUAAUGGUCUUUGGCUUUGUCCUUUUGUCAUUGGCCAAUAUCAACUCAAUAUCACCAGGCCAUUUUGACGUCAACCAUAGUGCAAUACUACGUACAGAAUUCAUAGUACGCCAGUAUGUGAGUAUAACGGGAAGAAGGUUUUUCGAAGAUUUAGUUUGGGAAACCAUCUUUUGCGGCGUAGUUCCAGGUUUCUUUAUUUCAGCACAACAAACAUGCACACUAUGAUAUGCAUUACAGAAAAGAAUCACAGAGAAACUUAAGGGCGAUUGAGUUCCAAAUUUUGGGCUAAAAGCAGAGCUUAAAUUAACUAACUAUUCUCAAACUUUCUAGGAACUCUAAAAGAAAGACAUCACUGAAGCCAUUCUCUCGAAAGGAAAACAAAGCAUGUUGCUUUUUAUAUAUUUUUUGACAAUACAAUUACGAGUUGAGGUGAAUUUGCAGUCGUUUCCUAUACUGGUUAUCGAAGGCCAAAGACACGCAAACUCAACCAUUACCACGUUUGUGUUUUCUUUGAUUCGAAAACCAAUCGGCUUACAUAGCCCGAUCUAAGUGACACCUUUUGA